UCUUAGUUCUCUUUCCCAUCUUGCAAGAUGGCGGGCGAAAAAGCUGAGAAGCCGGAUGCUAAGGAGAAGAAACCUGAAGCCAAGAAGGCUGAUGCUGGUGGCAAGGUUAAGAAGGGUAACCUCAAGGCUAAAACGCCAAAGAAGGGGAAGCCCCACUGCAGCCGAAACCCUGUCCUAGUCAGAGGAAUUGGCAGAUAUUCCCGAUCGGCUAUGUAUUCGACAAAGGCCAUGUACAAGAGGAAGUAUUCAGCAGCUAAAUCCAGGAUUGAAAAGAAAAAGGAGAAGGUUCUUGCUACUGUCACAAAACCAGUUGGUGGUGACAAGAAUGGUGGUACCCGAGUGGUUAAACUUCGCAAAAUGCCUAGGUAUUAUCCUACUGAAGAUGUGCCUCGGAAGCUGUUGAGCCACGGCAAAAAACCUUUUAGUCAGCAUGUGAGGAAACUGCGAGCUAGCAUCACUCCUGGGACCAUUUUGAUCAUCCUCACUGGGCGCCACAGAGGCGAGAGAGUGGUUUUCCUGAAGCAACUGAGCAGUGGCUUGCUACUUGUGACUGGAACUCUGUCCCUUAAUCGAGUUCCUCUGCGUAGAACACACCAGAAAUUUGUCAUUGCAACCUCCACCAAAAUUGAUAUCAGCAAUGUGAAAAUCCCCAAACACCUCACUGAUGCUUACUUUAAGAAGAAGAAGCUGCGUAAGCCCAGACACCAGGAAGGUGAGAUCUUCGACACGGAGAAAGAGAAAUAUGAGAUUACAGAGCAGCGCAAGGUUGAUCAGAAAGCUGUGGACUCGCAAAUUCUGCCAAAAAUCAAAGCCGUUUCUCAGCUUCAGGGCUACCUCCGCUCUGUGUUUGCUCUCACGAAUGGAGUUUACCCUCACAAAUUGGUGUUCUAAAUUUCUUACAAAGAACCCAAUUAAAUAACAGAUCCAUCUCUUUUGUGCCUUUUUUUUCUUUUUUGUUUUUAAUCUUUCUCUGCCCAGAGGUGUGGUUUGACUCUGCGUGCUUGUGGCAUCUUGGCCUCUGCUAAGAGCAGUCGGGGUCGGGAGGCUGGCACCAGCUGCAGUGGAAGCUCCACUGUGUCAUCGGUUUG